UGUGGAAUUCUAUUUACAGCUUUUCAAGGUUACUAGUCAACAGUAUCGGCCCGAUUUUAGUCCCUUGCGGAACUCCAUUCAUUUGACUUCAACUUUCUUACGCCUAUCAAGAUAUAUUCUAUAUUCUACUAUGUAUGUAUCCAAGGAAAAUUAAUAAUUUUUUUUUUGGUACAGGUGAACGACCGUAUAAGUGCCAUCUACCAGACUGCGGCCGGGCCUUUAUUCAACUAUCGAAUCUUCAGCAGCACCUUCGCAACCACGACGCGCAGGUGGAAAGGGCGAAAAACAGGCCCUUCCAUUGCAACAUAUGCGGAAAGGGUUUCGCCACCGAGUCCAGUUUGCGAACGCAUACUUCAAAAAAGGGGUCGCUGUGUGCCGCUGCAUCUUUGCUUGCCGUCAAUUUCUUGGUUGCCUCGCCCGGAAACGGAUGUGAGAAUGGAACGGGAGAGAAAAGCUUGGACGGGUCCUGUUUUGCUUUUUAAUUCGAAAUUCGAAAAGUAACACACUGGUCGAAAAUUAAUUCGAACACGUGAGCAUAUAAUUUUGCGCACACGG